AUGGGUCGCGAAGAGCAGGUCGAAGAGCGCGAGGUGCUCGAUUCCAUCUUUCCAGAGGAGAUCACAGAUGUCUCGGAGACCGAAUACAGAAUAUCAAUCGUCCUUGAUGUCCUCGGCGACGAAGAGCCGCCCACCAUGCUCUUGCAGGUGCGAUAUCCAGAAGCCUACCCCGAUGAGGCGCCGAUGCUCGACCUGCAGUCCACUCCCAACGCAGCCCCGCACGAGUGGUUCAACGUCUCGCAAGACAAGGAGCGCCUCCUCCAAGGACUGGGAGAGACGAUACAGGAGAACCUCGGCAUGGCAAUGGUCUUUACCUUAGUCACGACCUUGAAGGAAGCUGCCGAGAACCUCGUCGAGGAGCGCAAGCAUGCCAAGGACAAAGAGCACGAAGAGGCUGUCCUCGCCGCCGAGCGCGAGGAAAACAAGAAGUUCCAGGGCACACCAGUGACGCCUGAGACCUUCCUCAAGUGGCGUGCCGAUUUCAUCAAGGAGAUGGAGGAACUACGGCAGAGGGAAGAGGAGGAGCGUCUCGCGGAGCUGAAGAAGGCCAAGGUCAAGGAGCCCGUGAAGCUGACGGGGAAGCAGCUUUGGGAGCGUGGUCUGGCCGGCAAGGUUGAUGACGAUGACGAUGAGGGCGGUUUGACUGAGGGUGUCGAAAGGCUCAAGGUGGAAGCUGCGUGA